GAGCGGGAGUCGGGCGAGAGUCCGCCUGCUGUCGCCUGCGUAAGCGGGGCAGCGACGCCGGGCGGCUACGCCGCGAAACCGGCGUAGGCGGCUUUGGAGAAUCGGCGGGCUGCGCUGCGCCCGGGCUGGUCGCGGAGGGGGGAGGGGAUGUCGGUCAGUGCGAGAUCCGCUGCUGCUGAGGAGAGGAGCGUCAACAGCAGCACCAUGGUAGCUCAACAGAAGAACCUUGAAGGCUAUGUGGGAUUUGCAAAUCUCCCAAAUCAAGUAUACAGAAAAUCAGUGAAGAGAGGGUUUGAAUUCACUCUUAUGGUUGUUGGUGAAUCUGGACUCGGGAAGUCAACAUUAAUCAACUCAUUAUUCCUCACAGAUUUGUAUUCUCCAGAGUAUCCAGGUCCAUCCCAUAGAAUAAAAAAGACAGUACAGGUGGAACAAUCCAAAGUUUUAAUCAAAGAAGGUGGUGUUCAGUUGCUGCUCACAAUAGUUGAUACCCCAGGAUUUGGAGAUGCAGUGGAUAAUAGUAAUUGCUGGCAGCCUGUUAUUGACUACAUUGAUAGUAAAUUUGAGGACUACCUAAAUGCAGAAUCUCGAGUGAACAGACGUCAGAUGCCUGAUAACAGGGUGCAGUGUUGUUUAUAUUUCAUUGCUCCUUCAGGACAUGGACUUAAACCAUUGGAUAUUGAGUUUAUGAAGCGUUUGCAUGAAAAAGUGAAUAUCAUUCCACUUAUUGCCAAAGCAGACACACUUACUCCAGAGGAGUGCCAACAGUUUAAAAAACAGAUAAUGAAAGAAAUCCAAGAACAUAAAAUUAAAAUAUAUGAAUUUCCAGAGACAGAUGAUGAAGAAGAAAAUAAGCUUGUUAAAAAGAUAAAGGACCGUUUACCUCUCGCUGUGGUAGGUAGUAAUACUAUCAUUGAAGUUAAUGGCAAAAGGGUCAGAGGAAGGCAGUAUCCUUGGGGUGUUGCUGAAGUUGAAAAUGGUGAACAUUGUGAUUUUACAAUUCUAAGAAAUAUGUUGAUAAGAACACACAUGCAGGACUUGAAAGAUGUCACUAAUAAUGUCCACUAUGAGAACUACCGGAGCAGAAAACUGGCAGCUGUGACUUAUAAUGGAGUUGAUAAUAACAAGAAUAAAGGGCAGCUUACCAAGAGCCCUCUUGCACAAAUGGAAGAAGAAAGAAGGGAGCAUGUAGCUAAGAUGAAGAAGAUGGAGAUGGAGAUGGAGCAGGUGUUUGAGAUGAAGGUCAAAGAAAAAGUUCAAAAACUGAAGGAUUCAGAAGCUGAGCUCCAAAGGCGCCAUGAGCAAAUGAAAAAGAAUUUGGAAGCACAGCACAAAGAAUUAGAGGAAAAACGUCGUCAGUUUGAAGACGAGAAAGCAAACUGGGAAGCCCAACAACGUAUUUUAGAACAACAGAACUCUUCCAGAACCUUGGAAAAGAACAAGAAGAAAGGGAAGAUCUUUUAAACCCUCUAUUGACCACCAGUUACGUAUUAGUUGCCAAUAUGCCAGCUUGGACAUCAGUGUUUGUUGGAUCCGUUUGACCAAUUUGCACCAGUUUUAUCCUUAAUGAUGGAUUUAACAGCAUGACAAAAAUUAUUAUUUUUUUGUUCUUGAUGGAGAUUAAGAUGCCUUGAAUUGUCUAGGGUGUUGUGUACUUAGAAACUAACAGCUCUAAGUACCUUUCCUACAUUUUCUUUUUGUUUUUUGUUUUUUGUUUUGUUUUGGUUUUUGGUUUUUUGUUUUUUUAUUAAACAGAUGUUUUCAAUUUAAUGCAAGAAAACAUUUUACUGUUGUACAAUCAUGUUCUGGUGGUUUGAUUGUUUACAGGAUAUUCCAAAAUAAAAGGACUCUGGAAGGUAUUCAUUGAGGAUAAAUUGCCAUAAUAUGAUGCAAACUAUGCUUCUCUAUGAUAAUUAUAAUACAAAGGUUCCAUUCAGUACAGCGUAUACAAUAAUGUAAUUUAGUCUAACACAGUUGACCCUAUUUUUUGACACUUCCAUUGUUUAAAAAUACACAUGGAAAAAAAAAAAUCCUAUAUGCUUACAAUGCACCUAGAGCUUUUUUAUAACAACCUUUUUUUGUUUAUUUGUUUGUUUUGGAUUCUUUAAAUAUAUGUUAUUCUCAUUUAGUGCCCUCUUUAGCCAGAAUCUCAUUACUGCUUCAUUUUUUAAUAACAUUUUAUUUAGGUAUUUUCCAUAUAUUGGUCCUGCUAAAAAUAGAAUAUAGCAUCUUUCAUAUGGUAGAAACCAACAAGGAAACUUUCCUUUAAUUCCCUUUUUACACUUUAUGGUAAGUAGCAGGGGGGAAAAUGCAUUUAUAGAUCAUUUCUAGGCAAAAUUGUGAAGCUAACGACCAACCUAUUUCUACCUAUGUGCCGUCUCUUUAUUUUACUAGAAAUGAGAAUCAUGGCCUCUUGAAAAGAAAAAAAGUCACCAUUCUGCAUUUAGCUGUAUUCAUAUAUUGCAUUUCUGUAUUUUUUUUUGUUUGUAUUGUAAAAAAUUCACAUAAUAAACAAUGUUGUGAUGUAAUAGAGUGUGGGCUCUUAAAUAUUUUACAGCUGAUACGCAAAACUAGAAUAUAUUUGGGUAGAAACUUUUCAACUUGAAUUUGCCUCCUUCACAAUUGUAAUUCAUCUUUUCUCUUGCAUGUUUAUUUCAUUUGCAAUGAUUAUGUAUUGGUUUUCUAAUUUAUGAGAUAUAUAGUAUCUCUACUCAUUACUAUCUCAUUAAUAUGUUAUUCCUCUGAGAAAAAUCCCAAUUCAUUCACCUUAGGUAAACUCUCAUGUCCCUGGAAACUGAAACUUUUAACUGGAAAGAAAGUGGUAUAAUUUCACUAGGUCAUAUGAUACAGAUUUUAACAUAAUGCUUUAUGGCAUUUUAAGCACAAUUAAUACAACCAAGUUCAUUACCAUAAAAAGUUUCACUAUGUUUGUUACAUUUUAAAAUUAAUGAUGUAAGCAGAAGGAAGUAAGUGCUAAUUCUUAUUUUUGUUGGCUUGAUACGCUGAAGGAUUUAAGCAAGUCAGUAUGCUUGAAAGAUCCUUAAUGCUUUUCAAAGAUACAUAGAUCCAAAUGUAAAUAUAGAUUAUUCAUAUUACAUAAUCUUGACUUUAUGUAUAAGUUCACCCCAGGGUUGCUAUAUUUAAAGUAGAUCUCAUGAGGCAUUAAAAGCACAAUUUAGGAAUACCACAGUAAACAUUUAUUCUUAUUUGAUGGCCAUCACUAGUUAAAAAUUGUCUUGGAAAAGUUUUGUUAAUCCUAAAAUGCCUUCUGCUAUCGGAGAACGUUAACAUGGUAUUUUUAAAAAUAAAUUGCUGGUUCAUCCAAGACAGGUGUUCCAGAAUAACUAUAGGUAAAAUAUGUAGGGUUCCCCCACCCCAUUGUUUUGGUUCCUGUGUUAAGAAAGAUGGGUUAACACCUGUACCAGAAGGAUUUGGUUUAGGGAGUUGACAACCUAUUGAAUUUGGAGAAUGCAAAAUGAAAAACUUUGUAUAGACCACCUGCCUAACUAGUGAAGUAUUACUCCUAGAAACAGGUCCUCAUAGUUACCAUUUAAAAAUUCUGUAUAUUGUGAUAAGUUUGUAAGUCAUUUUUAUUCUACUAUGCUAGUAAAAAAUUGCACAAAUCCUUAUCUGUGUCAUACCUAAGGUUUUACCUGAAUUUGAUAUGGGUCUUCUGAUUGUUGACUCCAGGCUUCUCAAGCAUAUUGAGGGCUGUUUUUGCUGUAUGGCUUAUGAAUUUCUGAGAACUGCUUUAUGAUUACUCAUAAUACAUAUAACGUUCAGGAAGGCAUAAGGAAAGGCCAGCUUGUAAACAGAAAAGCAAUGCCUACUCUCCAUUGUCUAGAGGCAUUACGUGACUGAAGCAGUUUGGUAACCACUGUCUUUAAGUAUGCAGGAUUGACCAAGUCAGUCCACUGACUGGUUUGGGCACCACAAUGAUAGAGCUUUACUGCCACCUAGUGGGAUGAGAUCUACUUGUCUUGUUCUCAAGUUCACAAGUAACCAGGGAAGUUGAUAAAAUGAAUUGAUUGGAUGUACGGCUUAUUUCUAUGUAGCUUAGGUCAUAUUCUUAAGAGCUGAAGAGAUACAUACAGGCUCCUGCCUCUUAGACUCAUUAAUUUGGUGUCACUCUACUACCUGCAUAUUCUGAGAACCUCCCCUCCUCCCCGCCCCACCUUUUGUGCCUUUUAUCCUCUUGGAGAAACUGACCUAGUAAUGUGGAGGUAGGUAUAUAGUAGGUGAGGGAAAAGCAAGAGGAAAGUGUAUAAGAUGGCCUGAUAAUGCAGCAAGAGCAGAAUGUUGACAUAGCAAGUCAAUCUAGAUCACUAUUUCCAAACUUUAUCCUGUUUCCUUAUUAAAUAUUUUUCAGCAUGUAUCCAUAAUUGCAAUUGUAUAAUAAAUUGUAUGCAUGUACUACUAUGUUACUGUGAACAUUAUGAAACAGACUUUUAAAGUGUGGG